AUUCAAUUGAAAAUGUCUAAUUUUGGCAAAAAACUAAUUCAAGUAGUGAAUGAACUUCAAGACAAACUCAAUCCUUUAGGCAUUGAGAAUGUGGUCAUAGAUUUACCACAAAUCGUAGUCAUCGGCGGUCAGUCAUCGGGAAAGUCCAGUGUAUUGGAGAGCAUUGUGGGCAUAGAUUUCCUGCCCCGGGGUUCAGGUAUUGUCACCAGAAGACCACUCGUAUUGCAAUUAAUAUCAGAUACAACAGCAAACAGAGCUUUCGGAGAGUUUCUUCAUUCCCCGGGAAAACGGUUUUACGAUUUCAAUGAUAUUAGAGAUGAAAUCACUGCUGAAACUGAUAGAGAAGUGGCGGAAAGCACUGAUAUCUCGUCGGUGCCCAUCAACCUGAAGAUCUAUUCACCGGAUGUAUUGGACCUAACAUUAGUUGAUUUGCCGGGAAUGACAAGAGUUCCCAUUGGGACCCAACCCAAGGAUAUCGAGAAAAUAUGUGAGAAUAUGAUCUUGAAAUACAUCCGCAAAGAUAAUUGUCUCAUAUUAGCGGUCACGGCUGCCAAUCAGGAUUUGGCCACUUCUGACGCCCUUAAGCUGGCGAACAGAGUUGAUCCAAAAGGCGACAGAACUAUAGGUGUGCUAACAAAGUUGGAUCUGAUGGACCCUGGUACUAAUGCCAGAGACAUACUCAAUGGGAAGCAUGAAAUCCGUUUGAAGAGAGGCUUCAUAGGAGUCGUGAAUCGUUCGCAAAAAGAUAUCGACGAUAGGAAAGACAUCCAGAAAGCCUUGUCCGACGAAAGCAAGUUCUUUACUGAGCACCCGGCGUACGGACCAGACAUGGCCUACAAGUUAGGCAUCAAAUAUCUUCAGGAGUACUUACAGUCAGAGCUGUCAAACCACAUCCUCCGACGACUGCCCCAAUCGAAGCCCAAAUUGGAGACCAAAUUGUCUGAAAUCAACGAAAGGUUGUCCGAAAUGGAGGUCCCGUUGACUGAAAAGACCAAAGAGACACAUUUGGCCCAAACUAAUGAGUCGUUUCGCCAGAGUUUCGACAGCGCAAUGGGAGGAAAGGUAUGUCGAGUGGACACCAAGAAGCUGAGUGGCGGCGCCCGCAUUAACGUUCUCAUGAACGACACGUUCGCCAAAGAAGUGGAUCACUUGUUUUACGACGAGACCCGCUUAGGUCGGGAGAUCGCCACAGCCAUUCUCAACGCUCCCGGGGCCAAGUUAGCACUUUUCAUACCUGAUGUUGCAUUCACCUCAUGUGUGGAGUCACAGAUCGAGCUAUUCCGUAUGCCAUCGCUAGCGUGUGUGGAUUGGGUCACCAAUGAAAUUAUCAAUUCAGUUAACGAAUUUAGUUAUCAUGAGUACAUGUUAGAGAUAAUUUUGAGGGAUAUAUACUCCAAAUUAACCCUCGAUUCUGUUCGCGAGUCCAACAAAAAAUGUAAAAUCUUUGUCGAGCAUAUGGUGGCCACUGAAAAGUGCUAUAUAAAUACCAUCCACGAAGACUUCAAAAAAGUUACUGGAGAGUUGACAUCCAGUCUUAUAUCGGAUGUACAGCUGAAAGUCACGACACAAGCCAUUCAACAGAACUCAAAGUCCGAUAGGUUUUCAUACAAGAAGAAGGACUUCUGGUUUGUUCUAAAGGGCUCUACUCUGUCGUGGUUUACGGAUGAGACACACAAAGUCCAAAGGGGUUCAGUCGAUGUGAAGGGCUUUCAUUUGAAAUCGGAAACAGACUUUUCAUUGACUUUGAUGUUUCCAUUCAAUAGGAAACUAUUAAGUUUGGGAUCAAAUAGUGAACACGAAUUUGUGUUCAAUUCAAAAGAUAUGACACUCAAGUGGAAGGACUGGUUUGAGGGGGUGGGGGUUAAGGUGGACAAUGGGGGUCCGGCGGCUGAUAACGAGUCUCUAUACAAAGACACAAAAUCGGAAUCCAAUCAAUCGUUGAGUCGUUACUCGCAAUCGAGUCAUAGUAUUAGUAGCCAUUCGUGCGAAGACAUGGCAUUCCCAGACCACAUGCCGGGACAGGUAGAUGUGGUCAAGAAGUAUAUCGAUAAAUACGUUGUCAUACUUAAGACUAUUUUCAGGGAUCGUUUGCCCAAAUUGUGUCAAUUAGAGCUCAUAGACUCGACCUCUAAGUUCAUCGCAACCGAACUCCACGUCCGCCUCAGACAUCAGUUUCCGACAAUCGAUGAUAUCUUAGGCGAAGAUCCCGAUAAAGACGAGAGAAUUGAUUUGCAGAACCGGAAGCAGCACUACAUCGAAGCCAUUGACAUAAUCGACAAGUUCUCCAAAAUGAAACUUUGA